AUGCUGCGCUCGGGACGUCCAAGCAAGCGCCGACCCAGAACCAGAGUUGCUAUCUAAACCGGCAACUGCUAGAAGCAGAGAAGGAGAGGAAGGAGCCCCGUCAUCGCGAAGGGGGGAAAGGAUUCGCGUUGAGGAGCAGCAGGCGGCAGCUACGGCAGUAGCUCCCGCACCAAGAGACAGCGAGAAGUGGCGGGAGUUAUUAGCGAGGGGAGGGGGAAGGAAUCGCGUUGAGCCGGCGGCAGCAGCUGCAGCAGUAGCGCGCGCGAGCGCGCAGAGGGAGAGCGAGUGAGUUCUUUGUAAAAGGAAGGAAGGAUUUGCGUCGGGCAGCAGGCGGAAGCUACGCGCCAGCAAGCGAGAAAGCGGGAGGUCUUACAUAUUGUAGCUUGAAACGGCACGGCUUGGGGGUGGGGGGUUUCAAAGGAAAGAGGCGCGUUUCCGGGCAGCCAGCACACGCUUGUUGGCGAGAGGGGCGACCAUUGCCGAGAGCGGGCUUUGGUGAAACGGUUGAAAGAGGAGCGGUGUUGCUCUGAAGCAGCCAACACAGGGGCUACAGCAGAGCAGAAGAAACCCUGCUUAGGAGGAGGAAGAGGCGAAUCUAGCUCAGCUGCAGCUGGUGCUCCUGCACCGGGUGACGAUGUUCGGCGUGGAAAUUGGCGGGGGUAGCAGAAGCGGCAGCUUCUCGCGGGAAGAAGGGGGGGGGGAUGCCGACCCGCCCCCGUCUAGCAUCAUGCACGCGGCGUAUGUUGGCGCGCUGGGGCUGGUGAAGUCGAUGGUAGAGGACAAGCCAGAAGCACUCCCAAGUCCGGUUUUGUCCUAG